AGCGUGGUAAUUCAUAUACAUGGUGGAUGUAUGAUGACCUCUUGGCGUUAACCAAGAACGGAUGUUCACAGGAGACACGAAUUGAGAUUAAAAAUUACGGUUUUUUUUGUACAAUCUGAAAUUUAUUUUAUAUAGUAUUGGGAAUUGAAUUUGAACCAUUGAUUUACGGAAGAAAACAUUGGUUAAAUUUUCAGAAUGCUUGCACUCAAAUCUACACGACAGAUUUUAAGAUUCCCGCUUCGUGAGGGCUUGAUACGAAACUGUACACGAGCUCUUUCUUUAUAUGAAAUUCAUAACCUAAAAAAUAUGAACCCGACGUUGCAAAAACCUCAAAAUAUUCAAAUUCCUUUACCCACCCGUUUACGAGCAGCCGCUCCUUCUCCCAAUAAAACCGCAAAGAAAGAACUAGCUCCCACUCGACAGAUGCCUCGUAAAAAUGUUAUAAAAUUGACUUCAGAUGCCGUGAAUAAUCUGCGAAGCAUGUUGGACGAACCUUCUAUGAAGGAUAAGCUGUUGCGAAUUGGGGUAAAACAAAAGGGCUGUGCUGGCCAGGCAUAUUCGUUGGAAUACAUUGAGCAACCUGAAAAAUUUGACGAAGUUGUGGAGCAGGAUGGAAUUCGUAUAAUUGUAGCUCGAAGGGCUUUAUUGCAAAUCAUUGGGUCAGUGAUGGAUUACAGGGACGAUGAAUUGCAGUCGCGAUUUGUAUUUACUAAUCCAAAUAUUAAAUCUACCUGUGGCUGUGGAGAAUCCUUCAGCACGACCAAGUAACGCAAGUAAAAGUUACAAUAGUUUUACGAGUUCUUAUGAUUACAAUGUUUAUUAAUUAAUUCCCGUAUGUGCGUUUAUGUUUGGUUUUCCCAUACAUUUUUCAAGCCCAUCUGCGAGGAACGCGUGUCCCCGUUCUGUCUUUCUUCUUUUCUUUUCUUUAGAAAAAUAAUUACCUUCUAAACACAGAAAAUAUUGGUUUGCUGCUGUGCUUUUUUAUUCUGUACGUCAGAUUGUGGAAUCUACUCUCUGCGUAGAGCAAUCUGUUUUCUCCCUUAUGAAGACAUGCUUUAGUCCUAGUUUAUAAGAGUCUCCGAGUUGCUAGAAAAGAUCGGAUUCUGGAAGUCUCAGUGAAAUAACAUGGGAGUGGGUACUGCAAGGGAAGAUUCUUUCAUUCUUUUUUGAUAACGACGUUGAAAGAUAUCACCAUCCUAACACCAGCAAUUUAGUGUGUGAAAUGGAAUGUGAAGUGAAAUAUAAU